AGUUCAUUAGCAGUGUUAGGUUCAUUAACUGUGUUAGGUUCAUUAACUGUGUUAAGUUCAUUAACUGUGUUAGGUUCAUUAACUGUGUUAACUUCAUUAGCAGUGUUACGUUCAUUAGCAGUGUUACGUUCAUUAGCAGUGUUAGGUUCAUUAACUGUGUUAAGUUUAUUAGCAGUGUUAGGUUCAUUAACUGUGCUAGGUUCAUUAACUGUGUUAAGUUCAUUAACUGUGUUGAGUUCAUUAGCAGUGUUAGGUUAAUUAACUGUGUUAGGUUCAUUAACUGUGUGAAGUUCAUUAACUAUGUUAGCUUCAUUAACUGUGUUAAGUUCAUUAGCAGUGUUAGGUUCAUUAACUGUUGAGUUCAUUAACUGUGUUAAGUUCAUUAGCAGUAUUAGGUUCAUUAACUGUGUUAAGUUUAUUAGCAGUGUUAAGUUUAUUAUCUGUGUUAAGUUCAUUAGCAGUGUUAGGUUCAUUAACUGUGUUAAGUUCAUUAGCAGUGUUAGGUUCAUUAACUGUGUUAGGUUCAUUAACUGUGUUAAGUUCAUUAGCAGUGUUAGGUUCAUUAACUGUGUUAGGUUCAUUAACUGUGUUAAGUUCAUUAACUGUGUUAAGUUCAUUAACUGUGUUAACUUCAUUAGCAGUGUUAGGUUCAUUAGCAGUGUUAGGUUCAUUAACCGUGUUAAGUUCAUUAACUGUGUUAAGUUCAUUAGCAGUGUUAGGUUCAUUAACUGUGUUAAGUUUAUUAGCAGUGUUAAGUUCAUUAACUGUGUUAAGUUCAUUAGCAGUGUAAGGUUCAUUAACUGCGUUAACUUCAUUAGCAGUGUUAGGUUCAUUAACUGUGUUAGGUUCAUUAGCAGUGUUAGGUUCAUUAACUGUGUUAAGUUUAUUAGCAGUGUUAGCUUCAUUAACAGUCAUAGGUUCAUUAACAGUGUUAGCGUCAUUGUCAGUGUUCGGUUCAUUAGCAGUGUUAGCUUCAUUAACAGUGGUAGGUUCAUUAGCAGUGUUAGGUUCAUUAACUGUGUUAGGUUCAUUAGCAAUGUUAGGUUCAUUAACUGUGUUAAGUUCAUUAGCAGUGUUAGGUUCAUUAACUGUGUUAAGUUUAUUAGCAGUGUUAGCUUCAUUAACAGUCAUAGGUUCAUUAACAGUGUUAGCGUCAUUAUCAGUGUUCGGUUCAUUAGCAGUGUUAGCUUCAUUAACAGUGGUAGGUUCAUUAGCAGUGUUAGCUUCAUUAACAGUGGUAGGUUCAUUAACCAUGUUAGCUUAAUCACCAGUACUAACGACUCUGUCAAUGAUCACUGAGUGAUGCUAAUGCUAUCAGACUGCUGGGCCUUAUUGAUAAGUAAUAAAUCAAUAUUGAUAACUUAAACUCUUUGUGGUGUGAAGGUCUAGGUUACGCCCCGCCCCCAGACGGGAAGAAGGCGUGUCUUUAAAAGAGGGUGGUGACUCGUGUGUUGGGGGCAUGGUUUCUGCUGAAAGCGUUGCUUUAAAAGAGCUGAAGGAGGCAGAAGGGAUCGGACUGAACGCCCUCUGAACAAGUAGACGGCUGGAUGGAUCUUGGACCAAUCAGAUGGCUGGACAGAAGCUGGACCAAUCAGACAGCUGAAGUCGUUAAUAAUGAACCAAUGAGAAUCAGAUGAAUGACAGGUCUCACUGGAAGUAGAAAUUAAUUAGAUAAAACGUUUCAGAUGUAAACAUCUUCUGAUCAGUCUGAUUAUUGAUUAUUAAUCAGAUGUUUGUUCACAGCAGCAGUGAUGUUUAGUUUCUGUCGAUCAAUAACCGACCUAAUAAAACUGAUUAAUAUCAGACAA